AUGCUCCUUUCAGUUCUCCCCAUACUGUCACUCGCUACAACCAUCAUCGCCGCCGCAGCUCCUGCGCUCUCGAAUCCGAACACGAGCCUCUACGUCUGCACCGACUCAUCCUGGCGCGGUACUUGCGCGAACAUGCAAAUUACUGUCUCAGACUGCCAUAACUUCACCAAGCCCUACGCGAAGACGAUUAGCUCCACAGGCCCGGACUGGGGCACGUUUUGUACGGUUUACACGAGCUUGAAUUGUCGCGGGAAAGCGCUACCGUUUACGAGCCCGGGGAUCAAGCAGUUGGGUCGAUAUGGGUUCAACGAUAACAUUCAGAGUGUGCGGUGUGAUUUCAUCGCGGCGAUGAAGGAUCAUCCUUAG